CUAGUCUUGUUAAUCGAUAGUCGAACUGGAGGGUCGGUGAAAGCUUUGCAGACGUGGUACCCAGUUUGCCUGUUUAUAUUAGCUAGCUAACGGCUAAUACGUAACAGCUUAAGCUAUCUUAGCUAAGUGACCUAAUGUUCAUUUUAACGUCUAAAAGAAUAAUACGCCUGCAAAAACAGUAAUUAAACCUGCAAAUAUGUUGGACUUUGCUAUAUUUGCUGUGACGUUUGUCGUUAUUUUGGUCGUCGCUGUGCUGUAUUUAUAUCCGUCAUCAAGGCGAGCUUCUGGUGUUCCUGGCUUGAACCCAACUGAAGAGAAGGACGGCAACCUGCAAGACAUUGUAAACAAGGGAAGCCUGCAUGAGUUCCUGGUUGGGCUUCAUGAUCGGUUUGGUCCUGUGGCGUCGUUCUGGUUCGGCCGGAGACCAGUAGUGAGUCUGGGCUCUGUAGAUGAGCUGCGACAGCACAUCAACCCCAACUGGACCACGGAUUCCUUUGAGACGAUGCUCAAGUCCUUGCUCGGUUACCAGUCAGGAGCAGGCUUGGGAGGGACCGAGGCGCUGAUGAGGAAGAAAGUGUAUGAAGGGGCUAUUAACAAAACACUGGAGAAUAACUUCCCUCUUCUGCUCAAACUGGUCGAGGAGUUGGUUGAAAAGUGGCAGUCAUAUCCAAAGUCCCAGCACACGCCCAUCUGCGCUCACCUGCUAGGAUUGGCCAUGAAGGCUGUCACUCAGCUCGCCAUGGGGAGUCGCUUCGCUGAAGAUGCUGAAGUCAUCCGCUUCCGCAAGAACCACGAGGCCAUCUGGUCAGAGAUUGGAAAAGGCUACCUGGAUGGUUCUAUGGAGAAGAGCUCCAGCAGGAAGGCGCACUAUGAGAGCGCGUUGUCCGAGAUGGAGUCCAUGCUGAAGUCUGUUAUAAAAGAGAGAAGUGGGCGUGGUUCGAGCCAGUCGGCUUUCAUGGACUCUUUACUGCAGGCCAAACUGUCAGAGAGACAGGUGAUGGAAGAGAGCAUGGUGUUCACCCUCGCUGGCUCAGUCAUCACUGCAAAUCUGUGCAUCUGGGCAGUGCACUUUCUGUCCCUGUCGGAGGCAGUGCAGGAGAAACUGCAUGAGGAAAUAGCAGAGGUGCUGGGUGAUGAGCCUGUGUCCCUGGAUAAGAUUCCUCAGCUCAGGUACUGCCAGCAGGUCCUGAACGAGACGGUACGCACGGCCAAACUCACCCCGAUCGCAGCCAGACUGCAGGAGGUGGAAGGGAAGGUGUCUGGACACGUUAUUCCUAAAGAGACUUUGGUUAUUUACGCUCUCGGUGUUGUCCUUCAGGACGCAGACACUUGGGCAUUACCUUACAGGUUCGAUCCAGAUCGAUUUACAGAUGAGACAGUGAUGAAGAGCUUCUCGCUGUUGGGCUUUUCGGGAAACCAGGCCUGCCCUGAACUUCGGUUUGCGUACACGGUGGCGGCGGUGCUGCUGAGCUCGCUGGUGCGCAGGCUGCGGCUGCACCGGCUGAAGGACCAGGUGGUGGAGUCCAGGUACGAGCUCGUGACCACGCCGAAAGACGACACCUGGAUCACAGUGAGCAAGAGGAACUGAUCUGGCAGAUUAUCGCGUGUCACACACAACCAUAAAGGACAGUUUGAAGAGAUCAGUUUUCCAGUUUUCCGUCGAGCGUAGUGCCGUGUUGUUGGAGUCUUGAUGAGUUUGUUGCUCAUAACAUCAGGCAUGACCACUGGACGAGAGUAAUUUCUAAUGCCUUAAUAAGUAUUAGUUGAUACGAGGUCUAAUGAAUCAUUUCAAUGAGUCAUUUAAUACCUGAUUGCUUUUAACUUGUUUUCUGCAGUUUGUUUCUGUUCAGGUCAUUCCAUUCAUGAAAAUUAUCUUCAUUGCUGUUAUUUUAGUAAUAAAAAGAAAAAAAAAGCCUUUUGUUUGUUACAAGGUUUAACAGAAGAAUUCUUUAUUUGUGCAUUCUGUAGUUGUACAUAGCUGAGUGCAGAAAUUUGCACACCCUUUGGACAAAAUGAAGAAGAUUAAUGUUUCUUUAUCACAUUUGUAAUAAAGAUAGUCAAAUAAUUUUAAGAUAUUAAUGGUGAGGAAGAAAUAAACUGACAUUACAGUGA